UAUACUUGCUGCUUGCAGGGAUAUUAUAACAGUCCUGUAGCAACAGCAGGACCAAGACGCAAGGAAUACUGCUGGGAAGGGAGAUUAUCAUCACGACUUCGCGCCUAGUACAACAGCUGACCCCUUUAUAUUGUAUAUUCUGACAAAUAGAGAAAAGAAAAUCUACAGGAGAGACUAAAACAACAUGGUUCUUAAGCCUAAUGGAAUCUGAUCGAACGGUAAACAGGUGUUAGGUUAGGUCCAUCUUCUUUGGCUCCUGUGCGGAACUUCAAAGCUAUCGAGAAGAAGGGUGGAGGCGGAAAAACAAACAUUACAGGAGACAGACAGACAGGUUUAUGGUAUAAAAGAGACAGAUAGGAAACAAAUGCCUCCACCGACUUUCAGUUCACCACAACAAAGUGUGGAGUCAUCCAAUCGUCCUUCUCCACCACAAUCCGACGACGAGCUUUUAGCGAACGGAAAUAUUAGCCGAACAGUAAAGCGAACUUCGCCCAGCAAAACAGUAGACCUGUCGCCGAUGUUACAACGGCAAGGGACGGGGGUUGUUUCAGGCACCAUGUCUCGCCCAAACUGGGAGAAGCAGAAGUUGAACAUCACAGAGAAUCCUAUGAAUCCAGAUGAUUCAGAAAAAGCUCUCCGAAUGGACAUGGGCACCAUCAGUGUCCAGUUAAACGAUCCCACGGUACUUCGUCGCAGAACACGUCUGGAAAGAUACUUGCUUUUGGCUAUACUUUUUCUUCUAGGUUUAUGCACAGUGUUUGUUUACUUAGCGGUUAGUGGACCCAAGAAAAAAGAUGAAGUCUGCCUUUCUGACGAGUGUGUGAAAACAGCGGCCUCUCUUUUACUGGCCAUGGACCAGACAGCUGAUCCCUGUGAAGAUUUUUUCCAGUAUGCGUGUGGCACGUGGAACAAGCGACACGUGAUUCCAGAAGAUAGAAGUAGUAUAAGCACGUUUGAAGUAUUAGCGGACGAAUUACAGAUCAUAUUGAAAGGUCUUUUGGAAGAAGCAGCAAAUCCCUAUGACAACAGUGCCACCAUAAAGGCAAAAACAUUCUACAAAUCUUGUAUGAAGACAAACCAGAUAGACGCCAUUGGUGACAAACCUCUUCGUGACGUCAUCAAGAAUAUUAAAGAUUGGCCUGUGACCAAUCGCAAAUGGAAAGUUCCCUCGUGGUCAACUGAGAAACUACUAGGUGUCCUUCGAGGCGAUUACGACCUGGGAAUUAUAAUCGAACAGUGGGUUGGUCCUGACGAUAAGAAUUCUUCAGUUAACAUUAUACAGCUAGAUCAAAUGCCUUUUGGUCUUCCAAGUCGUGAAUAUUACCUCAAAGACAGCAGUGAGCGGGAAAGAAAAGCUUAUCACAAACUGAUGGUAGAGGUCGCUGUGCUACUUGGAGCUGAAGAAGAGUAUGCUAAAAAGGAGAUGGAGGAUGUUUUAAAUUUUGAAAUUAGGCUUGCCAAUGCUUCAAUACCAGAGGCCGAUCGUCAUGAUACUGGCGCCAUCUAUAACAAGAUGACAGUUCAAGAACUUAUGGAUAUUGUUCCAGAAUUUUCGUGGUUGGACUACCUCAAUACCAUCCUCCCAAUAAAUGUUGAUGAAUUCGAACCAGUCGUUGCCUAUGCACUUCCGUAUUUCAAACAGAUGGGACGAAUCAUAUCCGAGACACCCCGAAGUGUCGUUUAUAACUACGCCUUAUGGCGGUUUGUCAACAACAUGAUACCCUACCUAAACGGAGACUUCGCUCAGAAACUAUCGGAGUUUCGGAAAGUUCUGCUAGGGGUCUCUGCUAAUCGCGUGAGAUGGAGCCAGUGUGUAGACCUAGUAAAUAAGAAGAUGGGGAUGGCAGUGGGAGCAAUGUUUAUCCGAGACAAUUUUGAUCCAUCUAGUAAAGAAACCGCUCUUGAAAUGAUCCACAACAUACGAGACGCGUUCAACGAACUUCUUGAAGAAAAUGAAUGGAUGGAUGAUGCUACUCGAGCGGUAGCGAAGGCAAAGGCUAACGCCAUGAAUGAAAGAAUAGGCUAUCCUGAAUUUCUGACAAAUCCUGUUGAGCUAUCCAAAGAAUACGACAUGUUAGUUGUCCACGAAGACCUGUUUUUUGUGAACGUGUUGAACGUCCUUAAAGUUGAAGCUACCAAGAAUCUUCUGAAGCUUCGACAGCCUGUAAAUAAAGACAAAUGGCUGGCUUUAAUUGACUUUGUUUCACUUUCGACAGGUCGCCAGUUCGACAAAGACGGUAACUUGAAGCAGUGGUGGAACAAUGGAACGAUUGAAAGAUUCCGAGAACGUGCGCAGUGUAUUAUUGAUUAUUAUUCGAGUUACGUUUUAGAAGAUGUAGGACUAAACGUGAAUGGAAAAAUGACUCAAGGCGAAAAUAUCGCUGAUAACGGCGGACUCAAGCAAUCCUAUAGGGCGUACAAGAAGUGGGUAUUGAAGCAUGGAAAAGAAUCGUUACUUCCAGGUCUUCAUCUUUCCCACGACCAACUAUUCUUUCUUAACUUUGCUCAGAUCUGGUGUGGAACCAUGAGACCAGAGGACGCUCUUACCAAAAUCCGGUCGUCUGUUCACAGCCCUGGGCCGGAUACGAGUUCUGGGUCCGUUAUCGAAUUCUUACGACUUCGCACGAGCCUAUAAUUGUCCUAUCGGAAGUAGGAUGAAUCCCGUGACAAAAUGUUCGGUGUGGUGAAGCUAUCGCAAUCGUAUUUCUCAUCGGAAGAGGGAGACCUAGCACCUGUGUAUUUAAAGCCAAAUUCGAGACUUGGAAACUUUCAAACAAACCCUGCAAAAAUAGAAAUGAAAAAAAAAACUAAAUAGGAAGAAAGUAUCACGUACCCAAAAGACCGGUUUUCUUCAUAUUUUAAAAGUCGAAAAGAAGAAGAUAAGAAAUGCAUGGUACUAUAGUUUAAUUCUUUUUCGAGAAGUUUACUUUCAUGGAAAUUACAUGCUUUAGUUUGUUUGUUUUUCCUACGUCACAUUGAAAAUUUCUAACACAACAUGUUUUAUCGAAAGAAGUUUUUGAAAUCACUUGUUUUAACCAGGACCGGAUUAAGCCCACAUUAGGCCUAUUGAUAACUUCAGUUUUGUGGGCCCUUCUUUCUCCAAAAGCCCGCGAUGUUUUUAUUUUUUUAUAUUUAAAUUUUACCCAUCAAAACGGUCAGUUAUCAAACGUAAUGCUUUUGAAAUGCUACAGUUCCAAUUUAAAUAUAUAUAUAUAUAUAUAUAUCUGAGGAGGCUAUUAAGACCAAAGCAUAGCCUUGAGACCAUGGGCUUCAUAGUUAAUUGCCUUGGUUAAUCCGGCCCUGGUAUAAAUUGAACAUAAGAAAACAAAACUCGAGGUUUUCCUUGAAAAUAUUGUUUUGUCAGCCAAUCAUUUUGCCCUUUUGAAGGUCACGUGGCACAAAUGACACCAAUUAAAGCUUCUUUUUGGAGCCUGCUAAGCCAUUGGACAUCUACAGUUCUCUUCUGUCGUAUUUAUUCAUAAGUAUUGUGUGUUAUCUACAUAUACUUCAUUAAAAAAUCCCUUUAAUUCAAACUAUUCAACUUAUUGUUCGCAAAUGCUUGUAUUUUGAAUGUUUCCUAAUCGUGAUAAUUAUUAUUGUAUUACAUUUAUAAAUUUACUCAUUUGCUGUAAAUUCAGUCUCAGAGAAUUGGGUAGUUCCUUUUUCUUUCAGAAGGGGACUGAAAAAUAGUGACACCAAAACAACAAAGUCUCAGUAUUUCUAGAAGUCUUCUUGAACCAAACUUUACUUAUCAUAAACAUACCAGUUUAAAAGAUAUAACCCGAACUAUCUGCAAUCGGUUAAUACCAUAAGGGUUUCUAGGUUUAAAUAAUCAUAAACAUAUCAGUUUAAAAGAUAUAACCCGAACUAUCUGCAAUCGGUUAAUACCAUAAGGGUUUCUAGGUUUAAAUAA